GCCGCCAUCGACGCCAUCAAUACGUUCCGCCUCUCAGUUUCGGCCGAGACAGGUCCGCGUCCGUACGUGAGCUGCUCUCGCGCCCUUUCUCCUCUUCUUCCUCCUCCUCCUGCUCCUCCUGAACCUAACAUGUAGACGCAUGUUGUGGAAACUACGGCGUAAAGAUCGCGGUGCCCCUGAUGCGAGGCGAUGAACAAGACACCCACAACGAGAGGAGUGCCCGCGAGUCCCGUCGAACGGUUUGUGGUCAUGAUUUCCGCCAACUUUCGCCUCUUCGUGUCAACAAAUAACUGAUGAAUUGCGUCUGGCGACGGCAACGGCGGCGUUAUUCUAAAGAUCCGAUGGAACUCGGCGGCUCUCCUGCCCUGUCCUCCGAGCGUGUGUGUGUGAUGUUCUUCUUCAAUGAUUGUGUAUUUUGGUUAUCUACCCGGCUCAGCGGUUGAGGUCACGCUGAGGGAAAGGUCUAUUUAUCGCCUAUUCAUCGUCUAUUCGGUCAGCGGCGGCGGCGGCGGUGGUGGUGUUGGUGGUGUGCUUUUGAUGGUCGGGAGAAAUGUGAAGGGGAAAGAUGCUGUUUAGGGAUUUCUGUUCAGUUGCUGCACGUCGAUUCCUUUUUCUGCUUGAAUAUUCCAUUCAAUUACUGAACACACGUUUUACCAUUACCGACCAAUCAAUCUAUACGUCAAAACGAUUUUUUGUAGAAUAAGAGAGACCAAAUAUUAAAUUAGUGUAGAUAGAUAUUACCGGUCAAAAACCCCUACAACUCAAACAAACAGAGAAAAGUACUCGACUUUGAAAGUUCCCAAUUAUUCAGUCACGGCGGGAAACAGUUGAGAUACAGAAAAAAAAAAAAAAAAAACUCAAACUCAAGAUUUUGGCAAAGCCAAGCAGAGAGAUUGGCUCCGGGACAAGCAUAAAUUAAACGCCAGUUUCAAGAUCAUAUCCAAGCAAACUACAAAAAAAAGAAGAAACAAAAAUGCCACUCUUCAGCUUCCUUCUGAUUGCCUCAGCACUGGUGGGGGCAUGGGGAGGGGAGGUGCUAAUCCCUCCACCCCCUCUGGUCACAGACCAGCCGUACUUCGACUCGACAAUGAAGACCAACCAGACAGCUCAUGUUGGGCGUCAGGCUGAACUCAGGUGUCGGGUGCAUUCUAUUGGGAACCGGACGGUCUCGUGGAUCAGAGGGCGCGACCUGCGCAUCCUGACCGUCGGAAGGUACACCUACACGUCUGACCUGAGGUACGAGGCCAUUCACCAGGACGGAACGAACCAGUGGACACUGAGGAUCAAGUCCGUGCAGCCGAGAGAUGAAUCAAACUACCAGUGUCAGAUCAGCACCAAACCUAUCAAGGCUUUCAACACUUACCUCAAGGUCUUAGAGCCCCGAGGAGAGAUCCUAGGAUCCCCUGACGUAUAUGUGCAGAGACACAGCAUGAUCAAUCUCACCUGUGUCCUGUACGACUUACCUGAGCCGCCUGCGUAUGUCCUGUGGUACCACAACAACGAGAGCAUCAGUUACAGCAGCAGCCGUGGAGGCGUGUCAAUCAUCGUGGAAAAAGGUCCCACGACGAUCAGUUAUCUCCUGAUCACAUCUGCCGUAGCCGCGGAUGCUGGGGUGUACACCUGCGCUCCCUCCAACUACAAUGCCACCUCAGUCAAUCUACACAUUCUGGAAGGAGAAGAACCGGCAGCCAUGCAGAAGAAAAAAUCCAUCCCUUCAACACAACUUCAGCCGUCACAAGGAGAGCUCCCAGCAGCAAUGCAAACAGAGACCUCUGGCACCUCUACAGCCCUCGGAGUUGCCAACUUGCUCUAUUUCUUGGCCCUCGCCCUGAGAAUACUUUGGCUUCUGUGCAUCGAAGACACUUAAUAGAUUACGCUCGUUUUAUUGUAUUUUCUUUCUCAGAAUUUUUUUGUGCAUUGAUAUAGUAAAAUGCUUAUUUAUACAGGGUGAUUGUUUUACCACAUAUAUUUGUAUAUAUAAAUGUGCUUGUUUCCAUAUAUAUAGGUAUAU